AUGCGCAUCCCGUCUUUCUUCGGAGUUGGGUUGGCGCUGAUUCUGCUUGCGGGCGCUACAACCCCCGCCAAGAGAGAUACAGCUGCCACGAUUUGGAAAGAUAUUGAAAAUAUCACCACAUGUACUGGUUGCGAGGCUCUUCUAGUUACUUUGCAGGCUUUGGCCCAUCUAGGCAAUGAUGCCUUCAGUAAUGUCAUAACUGAAGUGUGCAUUCUGGCUGGUGUCGAAGAUUCGGAUGUUUGUACAGGAGUGAUAUCCCGUGAAGGGCCCAUUUUGGCUCACGACUUACGCCAAAUGAGCGUUGGGUCUCACACUGCUCAAUUAUUCUGUAAUACAAUCUUCGGGCUUUGCCCGUUCCCCUCCGUCACUCCCUAUAACGUUACUUUUCCAUCGCCUAAACCAGCAAAAACUCGGCCGGCUAUCAGUGGGAAGACUCCUAUCGAAGUUGUGCAUUAUAGCGACAUCCAUGUUGACCUUUCCUAUGAAACUGGGAGUAGUUAUAAUUGCACGAAGAACAUUUGCUGUCGGCCUUAUACAAGUGCAGAUGCUCCGGGAAAUACGACGUUUCCCGCAGGGCCCUACGGAAAUCAUGCUUGUGACUCCCCGGUUACUCUUGAAGAGAGCAUGUACGCUGCCAUUAAGGAGAUCGCCCCUAAUGCGGCUUUUGCACUAUUUACUGGGGACGUUGUCGAGGGAGCGGUGUGGCUAGUCAACGAGACUGAGGUUACUAACGAUCUUCAAAAUGCUUAUGGUAAAAUGUCAUCGUUGGGUAAGGUCUACGGUACUGUCGGGAACCAUGAUGCCGCACCUGUCAACUCUUUCCCUCCUACAGCCGUAGAUACAACGAUCACCAGCCAAUGGGUAUACGACACCCUAUCCAGCUUAUGGGAGACAUGGAUUGGUUCCGCAGCAGCAGCAACAGCUGACACGAAUCCCGGAUCAUACUCUGUCCUCUACCCAGGAGGAAACCUGCGAAUUAUUUCAAUCAACACAAAUAUGUACUACAAAGAAAACUUCUGGCUGUACGAGUCGUCAAUGGAAACAGACCCAAGCGGUCAGCUUGCCUGGUUAGUGAAUGAGCUCCAAGCUGCCGAAGAUGCUGGAGAACGGGUUUAUAUCAUUGGACAUAUGCCCAUGGGUUCUGGAGACACUUUCUAUGAUGGGUCGAACUAUUUCGACCAGAUAGUGAAUCGCUAUGAUGCGACUAUUGCGGCCUUAUUCUUCGGCCAUACGCACAAAGAUGAAUUCGAAAUUAGUUACAGCGAUUACACCGCGCAGACGUUCUCUAACGCCGUAGAGAUGUCCUAUAUUGCCCCGGCCAUGACACCAACCAGUGGCAUGCCUGCUUUUCGUGUGUAUUCAGUCGAUCCUGAAACAUUUGGGAUUCUUGACAUGACGACAUACAUAGCCAAUAUGUCAGAUCCAACUUACCAAGCGUCCGGCCCAAAGUGGACGAGGUAUUACAGUGUCAAGGAGGCCUAUGGUCCACUAGUGAAUCCGCCACUCACCGAUAGUUCUGCAGAGCUAACACCAGCCUUCUGGCACAACCUGACCGUGGUGCUUAGCUCUAAUCAGUCCGCAUUCGAUGAGUACCACACUCGCAAGUCUCGUGGCUAUAACGUUGGAACAUGUCCAGGUGAUUGUGUUUCCAAUGAGAUUUGUCAAUUAAGAGCCGCUCAGUCACAGUACAACUGUGUUACUGUGUCUCCGGGGAUUAACUUCAAGAAGAGGAAUGGGGAGGAUGUUGCAGCUAGCGCAACAGAUGGAGCCCACCGUGACAGUUGUCAGGGUAGUCAGGCUAAAAGCAUUCUUAAGGCGGUGAUGACUCAGAAGGACAUUAAGUUAGAGGUUGAGAGACGAACUAAUAUCUUGGCUAAGAGGAAGAUGAACUAG